AUGGGCCUGGUGAAGGUACCAGAAAUUUUGAGAUUCUCAAAUGAUGAUGGUUUUCUGUUUAACCACGUGUGGGGCAAAACCUUGAGAGACGGUGAUAAUAAUGUCUUUGGGAUCAAACGAAACCCACAAACAAAGAUCUGUCCUGUUCAGGGAAUAGAACAUUAUAUGGCAUUGGCUCAGCAACUAAGGAUCGAUUUAACGAGGGGUUAUCUUUUUCGCCCAACUACUCCUCAAGGGGGCAUACUCGAUGCACCAUUCAGCUCAACUGCGGCGGAAGCUCGUUUAAAGGGAUACCUAAGGGAGAUGGGGUCAGACGAUGGAGAAACUCUUCAUGGCUUCAGAGCCGGAUGUGCCAUAACCCUGGCAUUGUCAGGAGCAGAGUUGUCGGAAAUCAUGGAUCAUGUAGGAUGGACACGACGACAUACUCCUUUACAUUACUUAACAAUAAUAAUAAUGGAAUUUAUAUAG